GGCGCCUCUGGGAGCGAGGUGGGAAAAGGGUCGAGCGCCACCGAGCCCGGCCCUGAGGAGAUUCCCCCUCAGUAGUCGGCGUCGGGGACAGCCUCGAAGCGUGAGGGGAAUCGCCUGAUAAACCGAGCGAUAAAUGCGGUCCUGAUCGUACUGCGUUUCAUAGGAAAAGCACAUCCUUCAGAAAUGGACAAGAUUUACACAGACCCUAACUUGGAAAAUGAUAAUACAGAGCACAUCAGAGGGAAGCGACUGUCCUCUAUUUUAAAGGCUCCGCGAAAUCCUCUUGACGAUCUGGGAAAUGGGAACGAAUUGACGCAGGAUAUCAAUAUAGAAAAACGUAGGAAAAACUCUCGCCGUGUCAGCUUUGCGAACACCAUAAACUGCAGAGUCUUCCAGCGAGAUCGUAAGAAUAACACAGCAGAGGGAGAUAGUACAGAGUGUGCAGCAGAUACAAGGAACGAUGUCCUGCUUAAUCAAAAUGAAGACCCUGAAGCUGUUCCGUGUGAGAUCACUGGGAUGAACACUUUGCUUCACGCCCCCAUCCAGGCAUCGGUGCAGCAGACUGAGUGGCAUGAUGCGGACAACACCAGUCAAAGAACAAAUAGGCAGGACACCACCCUCAUCUUUUCAGAUGGAAAUGAAAUGGAUAUGACAGCUAGUCACACUGCAGUGAUUACACGUAACCUGAAAAACAACCAAGCCGACAAUACUGAGAAAAUAGAUAUCACAUCAUUUCUGGCUGGGUUAAACUCUAAUAAUGGAAAGGCAGAAAUGAGCAAAGAAUUUCAUUUUUUCUCUGACCCUACAAACCAUUCAUGCCCAUCUUUUGAAGAGAAGGAAGAUGCUACUAGUGUAAGGAAAAUAAAUUUCAAUGAAUUUUUGAUGAGCUUGAAGUCAAACGAAAAGUCUCGCAAUCCUAUUGAGGGGCCUGAAAAAGAGAACAUUUUUUUUGUCCCUCCACAAGUCUCAGAAGACGUGGCACAAUCGUCAGUGGAAUUUGUAUAUACCCACGAACCACCGGACACCUGCAAUGUAACAAAAGUCUUUAGAGGGCAAGAUGAUGGAAUGGAAAUGACAAAAUGCCAGGCAUCUGAUGUGGAAGCUAUGUUUUCUGGUGUCUGUGAAGCUCCACCUGGGCUGUUACUGCAUGCAGAUGUUACUGAGGCAUUUGCAGACGACGGAAUGGAUAUGACGACUAGUCACACUGCAAAAAUGUCUUUUCCCUUCUCCAGUGUGGGGAAUCAAAGUCUAAACUUCAAAAAGGAUUUCCCAUCCACAGAGUUAGAUAAUUCUACGUUAAGGAGAGCGUCUAAUCAGCACUUAAUUGUUCAGCCGGUCCCUCAACUUUGUACAGACAAAAAAAUAGUAAAUGUCGAAGGCAGACAAGAUCCUGCAGUGCUGCGAGCUGUUAAACAAGAGGCCAGAACAACGUCUGCCAUCCCAGGAUCCAUUUCUUCUGAGACUGUCUUCCGAGGUGAUAAAACUGUUGUUUUUUCUAAAUGUGAUGACAUGGAAAUGACUGGGAAUUACACAGAUGUCAUCUAUCAUGACAGCACUAGAGAAACGAACAGUUCAGGUCAUAAAACUUUUGAAAAGCCACUGAAUACAGAUGCUUCACUAGCAGAGAACAGACGUCCAGCACGUGGCAGCAGGGACAUUACAAGGAGUCGAACAGCUUUAGAUAAUCAAGCUUCUGUGUCAUACGAAAAUAGUGCACUUGAACCAUCUUCAGGCUCGGCUGAACGAAUCGAAAAAGUGACCCAAGGUCACGGGGCCGCUUCGGUGAAUGUUGGGUUUGAUUCGUGUACAAAUUCAGUGCCUGCUGGUGUGUCUAAGAGCCGGCUUCAGCCCCGACUCAUAAAUUCUCGCCUUGUUUCUCUGCCAGGUGAGAAGACGGUAAUAUUCUCAGGAGAAGAUAUGGACUUGACUAAAACCUGUGUUGUUGAGGCUGAUGGAAGGAAUCUUGAAAAUGAAUCUGCUGCCGGACCGUCCACCUCUGGCACCUGCAAAGCUUGUUUUCUUGAUAAGAGACCUACAUCUGCCACUUUAAAUGAGCAGGAAGAAAUGGAAAUAACGAAAUGCCACGCUGUUGUCAUUGAUGAUCAAAGUGAUGGGAUAGCUGCAGAAGCAAAGCAAAUGCAUUGUAAAAUAAUUCCAAGAAAGAACCAGAACAAAAAUGUCAGUGAAGGUGCAAAUUCUUUAGAUAUGGACAAGGAAAAUCUUGAGGUGAUCGGUGUCAAUGGGAACAGUAAAAGAAGCCAGGCUAUAGAAAUGAAUGCUAAAGAUCUUGAGAUGAUAAUAGUUGAUAAGAAGCUUGGAACAACAAACUUUCAGGCAAGUGGUCCAAGUUCCUGUGCAAAGAGCGUGUGUUCAUUGCAAGGACAAAAGAGAGAAGCCCCUGAGAAUACUGUCACCGACACCUGUGCAUUCGUGUCUUUGCAAAGUCAAAAAGGCAUUAUAUCUCAGCCUUCGGGAAAAAAUCUUCUCAACGCUUCAGUUUCCUGCACAAAUGACAAAACAGGCAGGUUUUCAGAUGAUGAAAGCAUGGACAUAACCAAAACUCAUCUUGCUGCCUUUGAUGUUGCUCCUAUUAAUACAGUACAAGGAUAUGAGAAUAAUCAUAACCAAAAUAAUGGAAUAUCCAGGCAGCAGCAAAACCAGACCUUUGGGUUUUGUGGUAGUGCCAGUGCAGAUAUCACAAGUCAGACUGCAGCAACAGAACGUGGGGAUUUGAAAAUGAACACAAAUAAGGGAACUGUUACUCCUUUGGCUCCCAGUGGUUCGUUUAUUUCCAGUAACGAGCCCGUUGCCUCUGGAAGGAAAGGAAAUGAACAACGUGGAACAAUAUUAGGAAUAAAAGCAGAUUGCCAAAACUCGGACAGGCAAGAGAAAACCCUUGCUAUGAAGGUCGUAAACAAAGGGAUGCCAACUCAUGUACAUUCUGAGAGAGAUUUUUCAAUUGGUAAAGCACUUUCUUCAGAAGAGGGUUUUAAAAAUCCUCACUCAGUUGAUGGCCUGCACUUGAGGGGUGCUGAAGAGCCGUUACUAGCCCGUACGUCUGAAACGCAUAAGGGAAGUUCCCAGUUGCCUUCAUUUUUAGAAAAGUCAGUUGUGUUUCCCUCUGGUGAAAACAUGGACUUGACUGGAAACUGUGCGGUAAUUGUUGCCGAUCACAACAUUGAUCCUGUUUUAUCAGAAAGAAAAGCAGUACCCGGACACAAUGUUCAAGAUGACAAUAAAAUAAUGUCCUUAAAAAAGGGGGUCAUGAUGACAAUAAACAGCGAGGAGCAGCCUGCAGGCGAUGUGUGCUCCUUGGUGUCCGGCAAGAAAACGUUAACCGUGGCUGGUUUAAAACACUUGCCUUUUGCAGGUGAGAAAACGACCAUAUUUGCAGAAGAUGCUGAUAUGGACAUCACCAGAAGUCAUACAGUUUCAGCAGACAAGAUAAUUUUGCAGUGUAAAGGUUCAAAUGAUGACAUAGCCUUUAUUUCUGGAGAUAAAACUUGUGUUUUUACCUAUGACAAUGACAUGGAAAUAAGUAGACUCAAUACUAUUGCAGCUGACAAAUCUAUGGGAAAGGCUACAUCUCCGGGGAUGCUCAUCGUGGCUAAAAGGACUGCAAGGAAAAGCCUGAAGGGAACAGCAGGGGAAAAGACUGUUUUAUUUUCACUGAACAAUGAGAAUAAUGACAUGGAGAUCACAGAGAGCCAUACGGCUGCCAUAGGCCAUGAAAUUGUCUUGCAAAAAGAAGUAGGGCUUCAUUCUGUCUCUUCAGCUCAUCCCGUCAGAGCUGUUACGUUCCCAGGUAGCCAGGCUGAUGCGGACAUUACCAAGUCUUGCUCUGCUGAUAAAAUUACUGUAAAAGUUGUAUGUGAUGAUAAAGUGAACUUGGAUAAGGAGGUUGGACAGCAGGCACUUCCAAAUAGCGAAGCUACUGUGUUCCCUGUGGAUGAUAUGGAAAUCACUAAAACCCAUAGCACGGCUUUGGAAGGGAAUUCUCUGCAAGGCAGGCAACCCAGUCGGCCUGCUCCUCUCAAUUCCACUAUUAUGUUUACGAGUUGCCAGGCUGAUAUGGAAAUGACCGAGUCUCACUCUGUUGAUGAAAGUGUUGGAAGCAUCUCCUGCGAGGAUAGACUGGACCUGGCUAAGCAGGUCAAUCAGGAGGCUGUUCCAGAUGGCAAAACCGUCAUUUUUACUGUGGCUGAGGAUAUGGAGAUCACUACGACUCACACAGCUGUAUUAAGUGGUGAAAUUAAUGUACAGGACAAAGAACCCAUCCCAGCCAUUUCUGCAGCUCCUGCUGAUAAAACCAUCAUGUUUGCCCACAGCCAAGACGAUAUGGAAAUAACAGCAUCUCAUACUAUUGCUGUUAAUAACAAUGUUUGUGGAUUUGGGAACCAAGAAUUGUCACACAAAAGCACUCAGCAACCAGACUCGCACAGUGCGUUGCUGCCUUGCAGAGAUGAAACAGAUUCCCCACAUACAAAAGACCUGAAUGGUGAAUAUCAUACCAAAUCUAAGGAUAAACCCAGCGUUCCCUCCCCUGCUUCAUCAGCCCCAGCAUUUCCUAGUGAGAAAGGAGCUAUCGAAGCCCAUGGUGGCACACCACCAAAUUCCGUUUAUUCUGUCUCGCUUCCAGAAGACGCUAUGGAUCUGCGGCCACUACAGGAUCUCGACCUUCCCACGGAUAAUUCUGCCCCUAUAAAGAGUCAGCUGGAUCUCACAGAGUCAGAAAAACUGAAAUCAAAGAGAGUAUCUUUCAAGCUUCCAAAUAACGGGCCCAUGGAUAGCAGUGAAGAAAGCGGCGAUUUGGUAGCCCGUGUUUCACCUCCCAUCCAGCAAUCAGAUUCUUUGACGGGUUCUCCAGAUGGAUGUAGCACUCAGAGAAACCAGCUAUUGAGAGAAGAUUCAUCUAGACACAAAGAUUUAACUACAGACUUAGGUGUGGCCGGAGCAAGCCUUGUUCCAGUUUCUAGCCAGGAAUCAAAGGAAAAUGAAGGGCCAUCAGCUGAAGGGGAGGAGACACCUCCAAAAGACUUUCAAAUAAACUCUGAACAAACUAAGCAACUUUUGGUUGGUGACAGUCCAAGAGAUCAAAUAGAUCCCACUCUUGCACCUGAAUUAUCAGGUAUUUUAAAUAUUUGUUCAAAACUGAAAAAUAUUAGAAGGAAAACUGCAGUUCUCUCUGUUUCUGAAACAGCUUUUUCUGACCAGUUGCCCAAAUCAUCAACUCAGCCAGAGGAAACCUUGAGAUUAGGAAAAAAUACUACAAAUGAACCAAAUAGUUCAUUUUGUACCGAACAGCAGGAGAACAUGUGUCUAGAAUCUGGAGCUGCUCCCACAGAUGCAAAUUUGGGCAUGGCACUUAAGGAUAAAUAUCAAGGAAUAACUGUUCGUCUAGGAAUCUUCCAGCCUAAAUUACCGAACAGAAGAAAUCCCUCUGUUUCUAGUGUAGAAGGCAUAAAUGCAAAACCUUCAGACAAAGGGAGAGCACCGGUUUCAGGAGUAAGUGUAAAUGCUGGUGAAAGCCCAGGUAACAAGAAGUCUGGCAGGCAGAACUUCAGCCCUUCUCAGUUUAUAGCAGAAGAAUUUCUUCCUGUCUGCCUAGAAGAAAUGGAUUCAAACGAAUCCGUAAUCUCUGAACUCAUGGAAAACGCUUGCAAUGAGAUAAGCAAAAAGCAAAUCUCCCACAAUGAAAAGGAUCAAUCGGAAGAGACAAAAACUUACAGCAACACAAAAAGAGCGUUGGAACAACAUGAGGAGGAUCUUCAAAGUCCAAAGAAGCUCAAAAUGGAUGAAAACUUGGAUGACGAGGCCUCCCGAGCCUUGCAGGUUACUUUUGACGCUGUGUCUCAAAGCCAAGUAGAGGUUCGUGAAGGUGAAGAUCCUCCAAAUGUGUCGGCUAAAAGCCCUGACUGUACUCACGCCAGCACCAGCAGCUCUCUGGAUUCUGUUAAGGCCGACACAGAAUUAACAAUUCAGCGAAGCAGUCAGAUGGAGUCUCAGCUUCUCACAGAUAGCAUUUGUGAAGAUAACUUACGGGAGAAAUUUCAGAAUGGUGUUAUCACAGUCGGGGAGUUUUUUACACUUCUUCAAGUCCAUGUUCCGAUUCAGAAGCCCCGGCAUAGCCAUAUUCCAGCCAAUUGUGCAGUCAGUGCACGCCCUACGCCAGAAGACCUCAUUUACAGCCAAUACAUUUAUCGCCCCAAGCUGCGUAUUUAUGAAGAAGACUGCCAGGCCCUUUCUCAGAUGAUAGAUGAGUUAAAACUCUAUGCAAAUAUCCAGGAUCAGCUCCUGGUGAAUGUGAAUAAGAGUUUGUGGGAAGUGAUGAGAACCUGCUCUGACGAAGAGCUGAGGAGCUUUGGAGCAGAACUGAACAAAAUGAAAUCCUAUUUCAUCAAGGAGAGUAAAAUCUUGGCUCACAAUGAGAAGGUGACACUGUACAGCAAAUUGCUGCAGAGCGCGCAGGAACAACAAGGAAAACUACAGUCAAGAAUAGAGAAGGUGGAUGAAUUGCUCAAGGAGGCAGAGAGCUGUCUUGCUGCUCUGAGAGAGGAUUCUGACUGGGAAGAAUGGGAAGCAGACGGUAGUGAUGAAACGGCAAAAGAGGAAAACCUAGAUAAAGAAUUGGAAAGCCUCAAAGCCCAAGAAGAAGAACUUCAAAGAAAGCUGUCAGAUCUGGAGGCUCAGAAUGAGGAAAUGCUUGCUGAGAUGAACCAGCUACAGGAAGAAGAAAAAAGCUGCCAGGAAAUCCUGGAGAGAUACAACUUCACUGAGUGGGAGAUUACUGAAUGGAGUGAACAGCAGGCAGUCUUUAAUUUUCUGUAUGAUUCUAUCGAACUCACAGUUGUGUUUGGACCCCCAAUAGAUGGUGACAUCUUUGGUGAAGAUCCUUCCAGAAAGAUAGUUAGCCUGACCUUUGAAUCUCUCUUGGAUGAGGAAAAAGCUCCACCUUCCUCAUGUUUAGUCCAAAGACUCAUCUUCCAGUUUAUUGACGGUCAGGGAUGCUGGCAGGAAAAGUGUCCCACGCUGUACUACUUGCCCCAGGUUCUUCAUGACGUCUCUCUGGUGGUGAGUCGUUGCAAGAUCUUAGGAGAGGAGAUUGAAUUUCUGGGGAGAUGGGGUGGAAAAUUUAAUCUUCUGAAGACAGACAUCAAUGACACAAAAGUGAAGCUUUUGUUCUCCGCUUCCACAGCUUUUGCAAAGUUUGAGUUGACCCUGUCUCUAUCUGCCAACUACCCCUCUGCUUCGCUGCCUUUCACUGUCCAAAAACAGAUCGGGAAUAUUGGGGAGGAGGAGAUUUCUGCUGUUCUGUCCAAGGUAACCGUUGGUUACCACUAUCUGCGGAGAAUAGUCAGCUUGAUUCAUCAGGAUUUGCUCCAGGAUCCCAGAUGAUUCACGACAGCCACGUGCAGGACUGUAGAAGUCAGACUGGAUAUUCUUUGAUUUCAGUCUUGUAAGAAUCCAAGCUGUCUCUCACCAGAACGGGAGUGCUGUUAGCCAGUCAGCUCUUCAGUAAUCUUGUCGAAUAAUUGGUUGGUACCCAGGAUGCUUGGUGUAGGCCCCAGGUUUGUACAAAAGCAGAGGACUCAAAAGAGGAGAAGGAAGAAUUUCUUGUCUCUUAGAAAUGCCAUCUGCCUCUUCUCUUCUUUCAGCCCCCGGUGGUCUUGGCCUCCUUGUUCGUAUGGUCUUUCCUAGAACGGAUAUUUUCUGACACAGCAUGUUAAUUUUAUUCUGGGUUGAUUUACAGAGCUCUUGUAUAAAAAAAAUGAUGAGUAUUUUCUAAAUUAACAUGACUGGGAUUUACUCCCACUAUCAUUACUUCACUGCUUCGUAGCAUUUUAACACAGUGCAUCACGUUUGAUUUUUAUCGGUUUCCUGGAAACCCUCCCAAAACACAGAAACUGUAGCCCUGCUCCUGAUUAACCGAAACACCUGCAAUAAUUAACCUGGUGGCCAAAGUCAGGCAUACUUCUGUCACGACGGCUAAAGAUCCCUGUGCUUGACCAGACUCAAAGCCAUCAGGUUCCAUCUGUGUGAUCUGCUCCAGCCAGAAGUUUGUUCCGAUGUUCGGUGUCUUGUCCAGUAUGAUCUGACUCUUGGUUCUGGUACCUCGUCUGAGCUUGUAAUGCGUUAGGAUUUUAGAGAGGAGACUGAGCUAUGCGAUUUCGGAGGUGCAGUCUGGAUUGCUUUUGUAUAUAUUUUGUAUAUUAUGUAGGUUGAGCUGUUGGCACCGCCCUAACCCUGACCGAGUUUAUCCUGAAGAAGCGCCAACCGCUUCUCAACUGUCCGUUCUGUAGGCAGGUGCCAAUUUUUGUAUCUCUAAAAUAUCUUGAGUUUAAAAAUGUUUUCACGCGUUUAAGUGUUCAUGUAUUUUUGUCCUUUUACAAAUUUUCCUUCUAUUUGGAAGGUGGAAGUUAAACAUUAAACAUUGGAAUUAUU